UCAUCUGUCUUGAUAAAGAAAGUCGUCGGCAAACAAAGCUGAUGCUUCCUCCCUGUCUCUCCUUUAUUUCCUCCAUUUACUCUCUCUCUCUAUACACUUUACACUUAAGUCUAGCUCUGGUAUUCUAAACUCACUUUCUGGACUUUAGUUAUCUUGGUGAUUGGCCCAACAUCACUCACCCACCCCACUCAUUUUUUGGUUUCACUCUUUACUUUUACUCUCACAAACUCCUUCCUUCUCAUGUUCAUGUCUCAACACCCCUGAAGAAGGUCACAAGUGUAUUCCAUUGUGUUUGUGUGCAACCACUUCACUUUAAUAGUACUUUGUUCUUGCACGAAAUAGGGACACGAAUCACAACCCUUGAACCUCCAUGGCUGAUGCCACCAAGUAUGUUCCCAUCGGUGGUGGCAAUGUGGCCACGGACCUCAAGAGCCUCUCUUUCAUUCUCAAAACCAAAAAAACAGUGGCUGCUGCAUACGCUUUCAUACUCGCCUUCGUCGCUUUCACUGUUUUCUUAGCCUUUUCUCCUUCCCCAAACGCUUCCUCCCCCUGGUUCACCAACAUAUUCUCCCCCGCAUCCACCACCGAUGGUUCCUACAAGCCUCAAAUUCCCAACAUUUUCUCUCUCCUUUUCCCAAACUCCUCUGAUCCCCUGCACAAUAACACUAACUCUUCUAGAUCUCCUUAUCCAAACACAACCACUGAAUCUCAAACACUCAAAGAAACCUCUUUGGAAAACAGAACACAAACAACCUUAGUGAAUUCAACCCAAGAUGCAGUUCCUGUUCCAACCACAAACCAGACCACGGAUUCUCACGCGCCAAGUUUGGAGGUGAAGUUUCCACCACCCCUUGCUAGUAAGGAACCACCAGGUGUUGUAAAAAACCAGACUUUUAACUCUGGUGAAGCUAAACCUAUGAGCACAAAUCAAACUACAAAUGCUACUGCAACUGCAACCAAUGUUUCAGUGAGUUUCCCUGUCCAGAAUGUUCCAAAUCAGAACACGAGUUCUAAUUCUUCGGUGAAGGUGGAUUCGGUAAAGGGUGUUGUUGUGUCGAAUGAUAAUUACACGGCUUCUCUGGCGAGGAAACAGAGCAAUGGGAAGAAGGAUCACGCUAAGGGGAGCGAUGAAUCGAUGGAGUCUCUGAUGAAGUGUGAUUUUUUUGAUGGAGAGUGGGUUAAGGAUGAUGCCUAUCCACUCUAUAAGCCAGAUUCUUGCUCUUUGAUUGAUGAACAGUUCAAUUGUAUUAGGAAUGGAAGGCCUGAUAAGGAUUAUCAGAAGUAUAAGUGGAAGCCAAAGGAUUGCACCCUUCCAAGGUUGGAUGCGCAUCGAAUGCUGCAAUUGUUGAGAGGGAAACGACUGGUUUUCGUUGGCGAUUCGCUCAAUAGGAACAUGUGGGAGUCAUUGAUUUGCAUACUGAGAAAUGCUGUGAAAAAUAAACACAAUGUUUUUGAAGCAAAUGGAAGAGUCCAUUUUAGAGGCGAAGCCGCAUAUUCAUUUAUUUUCAAAGAUUAUCACUUCUCGGUGGAGCUUUUUGUGUCUCCAUUCUUGGUUCAAGAAGGGGAAAUGACUGAUAAGAACGGGACAAAGAAGGAAACACUUCGUCUCGAUUUGGUUGGUAAAUCUUCAUCUCAAUACAAAGAUGCAGAUAUUCUCGUCUUCAACACUGGCCACUGGUGGACUCAUGAUAAAACUUCUAAAGGGCAGGACUAUUACCAAGAAGGUAGCCAUGUGUAUGCUGAAUUAAACGUUCUUGAGGCAUUCAGAAGAGCUUUAACGACUUGGAGCAAGUGGGUUGAUGCCAACAUAAAUCCGUCCAAGACCAUGGUCUUCUUCAGAGGCUAUUCUGCUUCCCAUUUCAGUGGUGGACAAUGGAAUUCAGGUGGACAAUGUGAUAGUGAAACUGAUCCAAUUGACAAUGAGAAGUAUCUAACCGAGUAUCCAGAUAAAAUGAAGGUUUUGGAGAAGGUGCUAAAGAAUAUGAAAACCCAUGUGACCUACCAAAACAUCACUAGAAUGACAGAUUUCCGGAAGGAUGGUCACCCCUCAAUAUACAGGAAGCAAAAUCUAUCACCGGAGGAAAGAAAAUCACCUUUGAGAUUCCAAGACUGCAGCCAUUGGUGCCUUCCGGGUGUUCCUGAUUUAUGGAAUGAAGUUCUCUAUGCUGAACUUCUAUUGAGAGAGUAUCAGAAUCAGCAUGAGCAGAAGCAUAGGUAAACACAUAAACUACCAAACUUCUGCCUCACUUAUGGUCUAUGAGUUAAGCUCAAACAGAACCAGAUGCUGUGUGUUCCAUUUUUGUUCCCACGCAUGUCCAGGAUAGUGAAAGAAAGAAACCAUACAGAAAGUGCCUUCUGUAUUUAUUUAAAGGUUCAUAAAAUUAAGUGAACCAAUAUAUACUGAAUUAAAAGAUGUGAGUACCUUGAUACUGUGCAAUAAAUUUGUUCAUAUGGAAGACAUAAAUUGGUGAGGAUAGGAGAGAAUACGAGGGUGGUGUUAUUUGUUAUUGUAAAUCAUCCCUUACCUUGCAUCUUCAUUUUCUUUCUAGCCUGAAAGGCUGAUUCUUGUUGUAAAUCUAUAGUCAAUUAGAUUUUUAUUUAUUAUAAUCAAAUUAUUGGGAUGAACUGUUCCAGCACCCUUUUGUUAAUUUAUCAGAUUGUCAGUUUUCUUGUUAAUUUAUGCGAUUGCACAGUGAACUUUUUCUUCCUA